AAUUAUCACAUUGGUACUUCAAUUUUAUCUAAUUUAUGUUUUGUAAAAAUGAAAUUCACGAAUCUAUGCAAAGAAAUUUGAAAAUUUUUCAAUCACCAACGUUUUAAAUUGAUAAUUGUUCAGUGCAAUGUGUAACCGUACGUGAUCAUCUUACCAAACUGUUUUCUUUGGUAAAAAUUUCGUUAUCACAAUUGUUCAGUGCAUACUUUGGAUCUACUCUACUUCUGUACUUCUGCUACUUCCACUACCAACACUAAAAUGAAAAUAGCUUUGAACAAUUAUGAAUUUUAAAGAUAUAGGAUCAAGUAUUCUGUAUUCAAGUAUGGAUCAAUGCUAUCCUGAUCUAGACGUAGAUCAAAGCGAUCUGGACGGUUCAGGUUCAUCGUCAAGCUUCCCAUUCGAAUUCAUAGAAUGCAACAAAUCACAAAUGUCUCCCUCUCACGUAGCCAUGUUCUAUCCUCAGCUAGGAUACGACUUGCACCCGUUACUCAUGAACCAACGCAAACGCAACGAUUCGGAAAAACUAGACUCUUCACCUCUGCUAACCAACGACGAUUUCCAAGUGCCACCUCAUCAUCUCGUCAUCACGCCAACCAAGAUAACCAAAACCAAAAAAAGCAAACUUUCGCGUAAAAAAGAAGUCCAAGUCGAAGCCAGUAGCACUUCCCAAACUAUAGCCGAGUCACCGGAUACGGCCGAAAAGAACCGUAAAAUAUUCUUCUGUCGCGAUUGUGGCAAAUCGUUCAAAUUUCAGACUUCUUUAUUAAGACAUAACAAUAAAGUACAUAAUUGUAAAUACCAAUGCCCCACAUGUCAUCGAGUGUUUUCUCGUCAAGCCUAUCUGGACGUUCAUACCUCCAAACCGGGCAGUUCGUGUUUUCUAAAUUGUUAUCCUAAUGUACGAACCUCCACCAUGCAAAAACAGUCGAAAAAUUUAAAUUAAAUUUAUUCAUUUGAAGCGGUUUUUGUGGAUUUUUAAGCGAAGUUUACUAUUUUCUUUUUAGUUCGUGUUCAGGGUUCCUGCUGUUUAAAUUACGUAGCUAAUACCUCUUUAUUUUAUUAGAACAAUUAUUAUGUUCUAGGUCUUAAGUAUAUGAACGUUUUUUUUCCCUCUACGAGUUGAUCUUCUUAAUAUCUGUAUGACUAUUAUAUAGUUAUUAAGAUACUUUCGACGGUUUUAUUUUUCUCAUUUUGAAAUACUACGAGUAUAUAAAUGGACACACCAAACUUUAUACUUUUCAAUAGCUUAAUAAUUAGGUUUGUUCUUUUCACGUUCACUUUUCUCACUAGUGAACGUCGUGAACGUUUUGCCGUUCUUUUCAACUACUUUACACACUGGUGUAACAUUGCACGCGUUCUUUUCAUGAUGGUGUAUCAUCGUGGUGUGAGUGGUGUACACCAAAAGUGUUCACAAUCCUACCCUGCUCGCGAGGAAGAGUGCCGAAAGUGGUGUACGUUAUCAAUUCUCUCCUGAUGAAUUUUUUAUUUGAUGGUUCGUUUCAAUUUCAAUUAAAAUUUUUAUUUCAUUAAUUAGCUAUUUUAAUCGUCUUCCAUAAAGUGGCUGGAAAUUUUCCAUGGAAAGUUGCUGAAAAUUCAUCUGGAAAAUGUUGAUAGGAAAUUUAAAAUUUUCAAAGGGAAGUGUUUGCCUUCUGGAAAUCUAAGGAGAAAAUUUUCUGAAAACUUUCCAUUGAAGAAACAUUGCGGCGAAAGAAUUAACAAGAGAUUAAUGCUUUUUUUGGUUCAAAUCAAAAGUUUUAAAUCUGAAAACAGUGAAAAUUCAAGCCUCAAGGAAACUCGGAACUCGGAACUCGAUCAUUUUUUUUGUUCUGUUUUAUUGGUUUGAAACCACUUUUUUGUUUCAAAUACAGCGAUGCUUAAUAAAACAUGUUAAUGAACUUCACAAUUUCCUCUUAAUUCAAAUUUUAUUCAUUUCUCAAAAUAUCCAAACUUCGGAAGUGAUGUUGAUUGAUAAGUGAUAACGAAAUGAAAAAUUGAAAAGAACAUCACGAAAUAAUUUUACACCACCACUGUACACUGGUGCAAGUGGUGUGGUGAGUCGAGUACACCACGCACACCAGUGCAGUACACCAAGGCACACUAGUGAGAAAAGUAAACGUGAAAAGAACAAACCUAUUAUGUACCUGGUGCAAAAACUUUCAUACUUUUUUCUUUUUUUUCUUUUUAGUUUAACGUCACAUUGUUCGAUAUUAUGUGAUUUACUUUUUCCGCAGGUGUUCGUGUUUAAUUAAAGAUAACUUUUAUCGAAUUUACUUUCAUUAACUGGACCAAAUUAAGUUCGUUCUUGAUGAACUGAUAUUUCAAUAACUCGACUCGGAAAAUAUUUACAAUACAAAGGAGUUGUGUUUAA